UGUAUAUAGUUAUAAUAUAGUUAUAAAGUGGAAUAGUCAAUUCACAACAGCUUGGAUUGUAGCUGUAUAUAGUUAUAAAGUGGAAUAGUCAAUUCACAACAGCUUGGAUUGUAGCUGUGUAUAGUUAUAAAGUGGAAUAGUCAAUUCACAACAGCUUGGAUUGUAGCUGUAUAUAGUUAUAAAGUGGAAUAGUCCAUUCACAACAGCACCUUUUAAAUCUUAAUCUGAGUAACAUUCAGGAAGAUGUCGUUGUUAAUUCUAUGGCUCUGCUGCAUAAAUCCGCUAUCGGAUAUAAUAAAUUUUUCGCUGGAAAGACAAGGAUUUCUUCAUCACUUGUGCUUUAACGAAGAUAUUUAAGGUACCGUUGUAAAUUGGACCUUUGCCGUUCCAACCAGAUUUAUUCAGGAGCUUUAAAUUUUAGAUUUCAGAUUAAUAUAAAAUGGAUUUAAAAUCAUGCUUUCCAUGGAUCUUGAUUCAAAGCCUUAUUUUAUCAUGCCUUUUCAGAGCAGGCCGAUGUUUAACCUGCUAUGUGGGUCUAGGAAAUACAAGUGAACGAGAUAGGCAGCCUUCCAUUGUAUGCAGACAGGAUAAAUAUCAUGUAUGUGCUAAAAUGUCUGGAGGAGGGAUGGGAGAUCAAAUUAAAAGAUUUUGUGAACUUCUUUCCCCGGAGGAGUAUGAGAGUGUACAGGACUAUGAGGCUAGAAUACUAGAAGGAGAGAUAUUUGACUCUGAUCCAAACUGCUUCCUAACUAAAGACAAGGGACGAAGAGUUUUCAUUUGCAGGUGUUCAACCGACAGAUGUAAUACUAGCCAAAGUUUAGAUGGUUUGCCUCUACAACUAGUGCUAGCUGUAUCCUCUGCAUUCUUCAUCUUCCGCUGAAAUCCACUAAAUAUUGUUCCCUCUACAACUAGUGCUAUAGCGGUAGCUGCUUCCACUAGCUUCUUCAUCUUCCGCUGAAAUCCACUAAAUAUUGUUUCCUUUACAAUUAGUUCAUAGUGGUAGCCGCUUCCACUAGCAUCUUCCGCUGAAAUCCGUUAAACAUUUGUUAAAAUAUAAUAAUUUCAAGCGAGCCUCUAUUUAAAGAGUACUAUGCCCGAUUAAAAAAAAUGUCUUUUAAUUGUUUUGACAUGUUUACGGGCAAUUUGUCUUUAAAGAGAAGCCGCAACUGAAAUAAUUCAUAUUGAGAACAAAGAACAAGGAGAACUCCAUCAUCGUGCUCAAACAAAGGUUUAAAUGGUACCGUUGUGAAUCGGACAUGCCACUCUGUAGCUUGCCGGUACAAUACUGAAGAUUUGUUUUGUUUUGUACCAAUUGAAUAAAGUAUCCAAUGGUA